CAGUCUUGUUUGGACCGUCGAGCGGUGAUUGUCAAACGUAGGGAAGCCGGAGUGUACGUCAGCGUUCUCAUAGAUUGCCAUUGUAUAAGUGUGUAUGUGAAUUGUUUUGGCUACGGUUACGGUUACGGUACGCUACUAGCACACCCCCGCAAACCGGUUCGCUGGUGGUGGUUCAAUCAUAAGCGCGCUUUGUCUGUGCGUUCGCAUCCAUUUGAAAUUUAAUAAUAAAAUGCAAAAGCAAUAAAUAAUAAUACAACAAAAUUGUUCAAAAGCAGAGCAAAAGCAUCAGCGUUUAGGCUGUUUGUUGUUUGUGUGCGAAGUGUAGCAGUUUUUUGUGCAGAGUCGCCACCCCAGUGGAUUAGUGGCACCCUGAUACAAUUUGCUCACACUCAUUGUGAUUGUGUCUGUGUGUUUGUGCAUUAACAAUUACUAAAUCAAACGAUCAACUUGCGUCUCAAAUCAAAAUCGAAUAAACGCAGCUGAGUCACCGGGUCUACUCGUUGUCGUCUCCGUCUCCGUCGUCGUCGCGUUUGCCGUGUUAACUACACCGUAUAAAGGGUGUCUUUGAGCCCAUUUUGCAUAAAAUCGAUACAGUCAGCGGCCACCCUCAAAGCGGAGUGUAAAAUGGCCUAUAUGAUGCCAAACGAACGCCUCAAAUGGCUAACAUUGUGCGCAGCUGUUGUUGUGCUUGCUUCUGUCGGCAACACUUUGGCAGCCAAUCCAGCAGAUUCUGAUCAAAAGGGACCCGUCUUCCUCAAGGAACCCACCAAUCGUAUUGACUUCUCGAACUCAACUGGCGCCGAAAUUGAAUGCAAAUCGAGUGGAAACCCCAUGCCUGAAAUUAUUUGGAUUCGCAGCGAUGGCACCGCCGUGGGAGAUGUUCCCGGACUUCGUCAGAUCUCGUCGGAUGGCAAAUUGGUCUUCCCACCAUUCCGUGCCGAGGACUAUCGUCAGGAGGUUCAUGCCCAGGUCUACGCUUGUCUGGCCCGCAAUCAAUUUGGAUCCAUUAUCUCACGCGAUGUUCAUGUGCGAGCGGUUGUGCAACAGUUCUACGAGUCGGAGGUUAAUAAUGAGUAUGUCAUCAGGGGCAAUUCGGCGGUGCUGAAGUGCUCGAUACCAUCGUUUGUGGCGGACUUUGUUCAGGUUGUGUCCUGGCAGGAUGAGGAGGGACAACUCUAUGGCACACUCGAAGACCAGCAGGGCACGGACGGCAAAUAUCUCGUGCUGCCCUCCGGAGAAUUGCAUAUUCGUGAAGUUGGACCCGAGGAUGGAUACAAGAGCUAUCAGUGCCGCACCAAGCAUCGUUUGACCGGAGAGACACGUCUAAGCGCGACCAAGGGACGAUUGGUUAUCACAGAACCCGUUGGUAGCGUCAGUCCACAGUUCAGUGGCAAUGGCAACCAGGAGCACAUCACACUCACCCGUGUGCCGCUCAAUCAAAGCGUGACUUUAAUGUGUCCAGCGCAAGCCUAUCCAGUGCCCUUCUUUAGAUGGUACAAAUUCAUUGAAGGCACCACUCGCAAACAAGCUGUGGUAUUGAAUGAUCGCGUUAAACAGGUUUCGGGCACACUCAUCAUCAAGGACGCUGUCGUCGAGGAUUCUGGCAAAUAUUUGUGCGUAGUUAACAAUUCAGUGGGUGGAGAAAGUGUGGAGACUGUGCUGACUGUGACUGCUCCUCUCUCGGCCAAGAUUGAUCCCCCAACACAGACCAUUGACUUUGGACGCCCAGCUGUAUUUACCUGCCAAUAUACCGGUAAUCCCAUCAAGACCGUCAGCUGGAUGAAGGACGGCAAGGCGAUGGGACACAGUGAGCCAGUGCUGCGCAUUGAAUCGGUAAAGAAAGAGGACAAGGGCAUGUAUCAAUGUUUUGUACGCAACGAUCAGGAAUCGGCCGAAGCAAGUGCUGAACUGAAGCUGGGCGGACGCUUCGAUCCUCCUGUCAUUCGUCAGGCAUUCCAAGAGGAGACCAUGGAACCUGGACCAAGUGUGUUCCUCAAGUGCGUUGCUGGCGGCAAUCCUACACCUGAAAUCUCCUGGGAACUCGAUGGCAAGAAAAUCGCUAACAAUGAUCGCUUCCAAGUCGGACAAUAUGUGACUGUCAACGGUGAUGUUGUGUCGUAUUUGAACAUUACUUCGGUGCAUGCCAAUGAUGGUGGUCUCUACAAGUGCAUUGCUAAGAGCAAAGUUGGCGUGGCUGAGCACUCUGCUAAACUGAAUGUCUACGGUCUGCCCUACAUUCGUCAGAUGGAAAAGAAGGCAAUUGUUGCAGGAGAAACUCUGAUGGUCACUUGCCCCGUUGCUGGUUAUCCAAUUGAUUCUAUUGUCUGGGAGCGUGAUAAUCGUGCUCUGCCCAUCAAUCGCAAACAGAAGGUCUUCCCCAAUGGAACUUUAAUCAUCGAGAACGUGGAACGCAAUUCGGAUCAGGCAACUUACACCUGUGUGGCCAAGAAUCAGGAAGGUUAUUCGGCACGUGGUUCACUGGAAGUGCAAGUCAUGGUAUUACCUCAGAUAGUGCCAUUUGCAUUUGAGGACAACAUCAACACCGGCGACUCGAUUGACUUGUUCUGUCAAAUACCAAAGGGCGAUCGGCCCGUUAAAGUGUACUGGAGCUUUGAGCGUCGGGCGAGCAACACGGAUCCGAGUUCCGAUGAGUUGCAGCCACAGAUGCGAACGAAUCGCAUCAGCAGCAAGACGAGCAUGUUGUCCAUCCAAAGUGCCAGUCCAGCCCACACGGGCACCUACACUUGCAUCGCCAGCAAUGCGGCGGGCACAACCAGCUACAGCGUCAACCUGACAGUGAAUGUGCCACCAAGAUGGAUCCUCGAACCCACCGACAAGGCUUUCGCUCAGGGCUCCGAUGCCAAGGUUGAAUGCAAAGCUGAUGGAUUCCCUAAGCCACAAGUGACAUGGAAGAAAGCAGUUGGUGAUACUCCCGGAGAAUACAAGGAUCUGAAGAAGAGUGACAACAUUCGCGUCGAGGAGGGAACUCUGCACAUUGACAACAUUCAAAAGACAAACGAAGGCUACUAUCUGUGCGAGGCUAUCAAUGGCAUUGGCUCAGGACUCUCGGCUGUGAUCAUGGUCAGCGUACAAGCUCCUCCUGAAUUCACUGAGAAACUGCGCAAUCAGACCGCACGUCGUGGUGAACCCGCUGUACUGCAGUGCGAGGCGAAGGGCGAGAAACCCAUUGGCAUCUUGUGGAACAUGAACAAUAUGCGUCUGGACCCUAAGAACGACAAUCGUUACACAAUUCGCGAGGAAAUUCUGUCAGCCGGCGUCAUGUCCAGUCUGUCUAUUAAACGUACCGAACGCUCUGACUCUGCUUUGUUCACCUGUGUGGCCACCAAUGCCUUUGGCUCCGACGAUGCUAGCAUUAACAUGAUUGUCCAAGAAGUACCCGAGAUGCCAUAUGCCCUGAAGGUGCUCGAUAAAUCCGGACGCUCCGUGCAACUGAGUUGGGCUCAACCCUACGAUGGAAACUCUCCCCUCAAUCGCUACAUCAUUGAGUUCAAGCGCUCCCGUGCCUCCUGGGAUGAGAUCGAUCGCGUCAUGGUACCCGGACACACCACCGAAGCCCAAGUACAGAAACUGAGCCCCGCCACCACCUACAACAUUCGCAUUGUCGCCGAGAAUGAAAUUGGUUCGUCACAAUCAUCGGAAGCUGUCACCAUUAUCACUGCCGAAGAGGCGCCCUCUGGCAAGCCACAGAACAUCAAAGUCGAACCCGUGAACCAGACAACACUGCGCGUCACCUGGAAGCCACCAGCACGCUCCGAUUGGAACGGUGAAAUCCUGGGCUACUAUGUGGGCUACAAGCUAUCGAACACCAACUCGUCGUACAUCUUUGAGACAAUCAACUUUAUUACCGAAGAGGGCAAAGAACACAAUCUGGAAUUGAACAAUCUGCGCGUCUACACACAAUACUCGGUGGUCAUUCAGGCCUUCAACAAGAUCGGCGCCGGUCCAUUGAGCGAUGAGGAGAAACAGUUCACAGCCGAGGGCACUCCCAGCCAGCCACCUAGCGACACUGCCUGCACCACACUGACUUCACAAACCAUUCGCGUUAGCUGGGUUAGUCCACCACUCGAGUCCGCCAACGGUGUGAUCAAGACCUACAAGGUUGUCUAUGCUCCCAGCGAUGAGUGGUAUGAUGAGACUAAGCGUCACUACAAGAAGACUGCCUCCUCCGACACUGUGCUCCAUGGCCUGAAGAAAUACACCAACUACACCAUGCAAGUUCUAGCCACCACAGCUGGCGGCGAUGGCGUUCGCAGCGUGCCAAUUCACUGCCAGACUGAACCCGAUGUUCCUGAAGCACCCACCGAUGUCAAGGCUCUGGUUAUGGGUAAUGCGGCCAUUCUGGUCUCUUGGCGUCCACCAGCACAGCCCAACGGCAUCAUCACUCAGUACACUGUAUACUCCAAGGCCGAAGGCGCUGAGACUGAAACGAAAACCCAAAAAGUGCCACACUAUCAAAUGAGCUUCGAGGCCACCGAACUAGAGAAGAACAAACCCUAUGAAUUCUGGGUCACUGCCAGCACCACCAUCGGCGAGGGUCAGCAAUCGAAGAGCAUUGUAGCCAUGCCUAGCGACCAGGUGCCCGCCAAGAUUGCCUCCUUCGACGACACGUUCACUGCCACCUUCAAGGAAGAUGCCAAGAUGCCUUGUUUAGCCGUUGGAGCCCCUCAGCCAGAGAUUACCUGGAAGAUCAAGGGCGUUGAGUUCAGUGCCAAUGACCGCAUGCGUUUGCUGCCCGAUGGAUCCCUUUUGAUAAAGUCUGUCAAUCGUCAGGAUGCUGGCGACUAUUCUUGCCAUGCCGAAAACUCUAUUGCUAAGGACUCGAUUACCCAUAAACUCAUUGUGCUGGCUCCUCCUCAAUCUCCUCAUGUCACUCUCUCAGCCACGACCACCGAUGCUCUGACUGUCCGCUUGAAGCCCCAUGAGGGAGACACUGCCCCACUCCACGGUUAUACUCUGCACUACAAGCCAGAAUUUGGAGAAUGGGAAACUGCUGAGGUGUCCGUUGACUCGCAGAAGCACAACAUUGAGAAUUUGCUAUGCGGCUCACGUUACCAAGUUUAUGCCACAGGAUUCAACAACAUUGGCGCUGGUGAAGCCUCCGACAUUUUGAACACACGCACCAAGGGCCAGAAGCCCAAACUGCCAGAGAAGCCACGUUUCAUUGAAGUCUCAUCAAACUCGGUCUCGUUGCACUUCAAGGCCUGGAAAGAUGGCGGCUGCCCCAUGUCCCACUUUGUUGUCGAGAGCAAGAAACGCGAUCAACUGGAAUGGAAUCAAAUCUCGAACAAUGUGAAGCCCGAUAAUAACUACGUAGUCCUCGAUCUGGAACCCGCCACUUGGUACAAUCUGCGCAUCACUGCCCACAAUUCCGCUGGAUUCACAGUUGCUGAAUAUGACUUUGCCACACUCACCGUGACCGGAGGCACUAUCGCACCCCUCGACGAUGGCAUGGGCCAUGGCAAUGUCCAUGCUCGUAUUCCCAUGCCCGCCUGGAUGCCCGAGUGGCUGGAUCUGAACUUUAUGGUGCCAUUGAUUGCCACCGUUGUCGUGGUCGCGGUUGGUAUCUGUGUUGUGUGCGUGGCUCUCUCCCGAAGACGUUCCGAUGAUAUGCGAGGCGGCCAGAAGGAUGUCUAUUACGAUGUAGUUUACAAUCAGACAAUGGGACCUGGCGCCACCUUGGACAAACGUCGCCCCGAUCUCCGUGACGAGCUUGGCUACAUUGCACCACCCAACAGGAAGCUGCCCCCCGUGCCCGGAUCUAACUACAACACCUGCGAUCGGAUUAAGCGAGGUACAGUCAUAAGCCGCGGUGGUUUGCGCUCAAACCACUCCACCUGGGAUCCGCGCCGCAAUCCGAAUCUGUAUGAGGAACUCAAGGCACCUCCAGUUCCCAUGCACGGCAAUGCCAAUAUCUACGGUCAUGGUGGUCAUGCCCAUGGCAAUGUCGAGUGCCACUACAGACAUCCAGGCAUGGAAGAUGAAAUCUGCCCUUAUGCUACGUUCCAUCUGCUCGGCUUCCGUGAGGAAAUGGAUCCCACCAAGGCCAUGAACUUCCAGACCUUCCCCCAUCAGAACGGACACACUCCCGUACCUGGACACGCUGGCACCAUGCUGCCCCCUGGACACCCUGGACAUGUGCACUCUCGCUCGGGCUCGCAGUCGAUGCCACGUGCCAAUCGCUAUCAGCGCAAGAACAGCCAGGGUGGACAGUCUUCGAUCUAUACCCCAGCACCCGAGUACGAUGAUCCCGCUAACUGCGCCGAAGAGGAUCAAUACCGUCGCUACACUCGCGUCAACUCUCAGGGCGGCAGCCUUUACUCUGGACCUGGACCCGAAUACGAUGAUCCCGCUAACUGCGCUCCCGAGGAGGAUCAGUAUGGCUCUCAAUAUGGUGGACCCUAUGGACAACCCUACGAUCAUUAUGGUUCCCGUGGCUCUAUGGGACGUCGUAGCAUUGGCUCUGCACGCAAUCCAGGCAAUGGUUCACCUGAGCCUCCACCACCACCACCACGCAACCACGACAUGAGCAACUCCUCAUUCAACGACUCCAAGGAGAGCAACGAGAUCUCAGAGGCCGAAUGCGAUCGCGAUCACGGACCACGCGGCAACUAUGGCGCUGUGAAAAGAUCACCCCAACCGAAAGAUCAACGCACCACCGAAGAGAUGCGUAAAUUGAUUGAGAGAAACGAAGCCGGCCCAAAACAACUCCAACUCCAACAAACAAAUGGCGCAGGAUUCACAGCCUACGAUACUAUGGCAGUGUAAUUUGUAAGCAGCAACUUACGAAAGUGGGCGUGGCAGUUUAGCUUAGUGUUUUUUGGAGUCAAUGAAGUGCGUGGGAGUUGAAUGAACACAUGAGCACACAUACACCAAACACACACACACACACUCACGCGUAUACAGACAGACAGACACAAAAAGGGCAGAGUCAGUCAUCAGAUUUUGAAAGUAUAUAAAAUAUCGAAAAGAAAACAUCACAGAAGUAAGCAACGCAUUUAAGCGCAAAUAUAUAUACACACAAUUAUUAAACUAUUUCAAGUAUUUACAAGAGUAAUUACACACAAACAAACACACACACGCAUUUGUGUGUGGCAUUUGAAAGAACAAAACUUGAACGUGGAACAUUAUAAUUGCUAAUUAAUAUUUGAUAUUUGAUAAUUGAUAAUUGAUAAUUGCAUAAUUGAAAGAUAAUUGCAUAAUUGAAAGUCAUUUUUAAUAUUGCAUUUUAGUUCGUAAGCCAAGCAGAACAACCAAAAUAUAUCAAGCGAAUAAAUAGGUAAUCUCUCGUCUAGUAUUCGUAAGAAAAUACAUCCGAAGAAUUCGCUUUCGAUUUGCCCAGACACAUAUUUGUUUUUUUGCCAUCUAUGCCAAAAGCAUGAAACUCUUUGCCUAGCCUAAGUCAAAGUCAUAAUCUUAAUUGAUAGUUAAACGUAUUUUGUUUUAUUUUGUAUGGUCUGCAAAUCCUAUAACUUAUAUACUACUUAUUUGUAUCGACAGAACGAACGCGAAAGUUGUAAUUGAAACUUAUUUCGCUUCUUGUUGACUUGCGUUGACUUGUGAUCAUAAUUAUUUUUAGCAUUGUGUGUGUCGAUUAUUUAUAAUUUAUACUUAUUUAUAUUUUUUAAUUUUAUACUGCGCUUCCAAAAAAACGAAAACCGCUAAAAUGAACUUGUUCAAUGCACAAAUAGCAAAUAAUAAACGUUUAGUCUCACACUCACACUGUCGAAAUUGUAUUAUACAAAUGUCCCCCAAUAAAAAAAAAAGAAAAGAGCGCACUUUAUGAUUUGUCAUAGAGAUUUACAUUUGUAUUCAGUUAUACGCAUUUCAAGCUUUAAGAAACUCUGAAAUUGAUAAUGUGCACACCUCAAUUUCUACAUUAUACGUAUUUAUUUAAGUUUUUAUUAUUAUUAUUUUAGUUCUGCAAAUACAUUUACGAUUUUCUUGAAACAACUUUUGUUUGCUCUUUUAUUUUUGUAUUUUUAUUGAUUUUACAGCAAUCGCAUAAAUUGUGCGGCUACUUUCAAAACUCAAAGACUGAACUAUGCAAAUUUUAAAAACGAAUGAAAAUGCUUAACAACAAAUAUGUAAUUACAAAAGGAGUUUUACAGUACACAAUAUUUGCUCAACAAGUAGAAAUAGCAAAAGCAUUUGAGGUAGCCCGCAAUUUACAGAGAAGUCAACAAUAAAUAAAUCUUAUUUAAUUCUCAAAAUAAAUAAUAAUUUAAUUUAUUAAAACUAUUCGUUAUUACGCCUAGAUUGUUCCGAUUAUGUUUCUGUUUCACCUAACACUUUACAUAUUCUACACUAUAAUCCUACCUAGUUAUAUCGAUUUUAUAUAUGAAUGUAGUGUUGUGACAAAAAUAUUGCUUAUACUCGUACAUAUAUAUUAUGGGAAACUUAUAUAAAUGUACUACAAAUUUUAAUGGUAAACGAAUACAAAUAUUUAAUAGCGUUUAGACAAAUGGCAUUUAAAUAAUAUACAAUAUACAAAAAACAAAAAAAAAAACGAAAAAAAAACUCUUAAAAAAAAUUGAGAAAACGUCACAAAUUUUCAAGUAAUAAAAAUAGCGCAAAAAAUGUUGCAUUUCGGUAUAACAAAAUUAAAAAUUAACAAUUUUUCGGAAAAUCAAAAUCAAAAACAAAAAAACAAAUAUUUAAUCGAAAAUAAAGAUUUAAAAAACGAAACUUUUGACAUUUUCAAACAAAAUCCAAAGAGGUUUGCAAAAAAAAAGAAAGAAAAGAGAAUUAAUUAAAUUAAGCUAAGUAUUAAUAUUCAAAUAAAAUAUACGAGUACAUCAAGCAUUUUUCAUACUUAUCAUGCAUAUUUGAUCGCUUGCUUUUUGUGUUGCUUCAGAAGAACGUAAAGCAAAGGGGGGAAAACAAAUAUUAUGAAAACGAAAACGAAGUCAAAUAAUCAUUAAGUCUAACAUAAACUAACCUAUUUUGUAAUUAUUUAGCAUUCAACAUGCAUACACAUACUCUACAUACAUACAUAAUAUUAAUAAUUUUCUACUUAACUUUACUUAAAACGCAUAAAUCAAAAUUUAAUUCCCAUUGCAUUAAAAACAUAAGACAAAAAAAAAAAACAAAGAAAACUAUCAAAUUAAAAAGGUAUAGAAAGUCGCCCAAA